AUGCUCUCGAGGGUUCUCUGCCCAUUUUGGGCUGUGACCAUUGAGAAUCGUGGCGGUGUCCUUAUUAUUGGACUUCAAAUAACAGAUGUUGCUAUUGGCACAGCUUUUAUGCUCACGGGCAUCUAUAGAUAUAAAAUGGUACUCAAUUUCGGAUCAGAUAUACCGACUGUACUUCGCUCAGAAUGCACCAAAGAAGUGUUUGUACAAUUAAUGACUAUCUCUUAUCAAAUGCAG